AUGUCUAAAUUGAAAAUGAUAGAAAAUGAGAAAGAUUUUUGUUGUUGUUAAAGACAUAAGUUACCAGUCGUUUCUAUUGUACUUGAUCCAAAAUUAUCAAGGAAUUAAAGACUCUUAUGCACAGAAUGCAUAGAGAAUACAGACUUCGAUGCUAAAGUAGUCGGAUUAAAGAAAAUGAUUUCAUUAAUUGAAGAAGCCUAAUUAAAGAAGAUGGAAAAAGUAGAAUAUGUAAUAGUUAAUUAAAUAGAAUUAAUUGAACAAUUAUAUAGUAUGGUAAAUCAAAUGAAAUCAUUUGCCAUCUAAUAAUUUGAUCAAUAGUUUGCAAUAAUAAAUGAAUGGAUUAAAAAUCUAUAACAAUAAAGAUCAGAAUAAUCUCAUUAUAGCUUUUAUGAGGAAUUAGAAAAUAUCGUAAUGAAAUAAAUUAAAGCUGAUGACUACUGUUAAUAAUUUAUCCAUAAAAUUAAAAAAAAAAAUAACUGUUGGACUUCCAAAUUAUAUCCUAAAUUAGAAUUAUUUAAGGCAUUUGUAGAAUAUAAAAAAUGUAAAGAAGUAUUGUCAAAUUUAGAUUUAUCUUCUGAGAAUUUAGCUCAAAAUUAAUAAUAAUAAUAAAUAAAAAUAAAGUCAGAAUCACAACUAAAUUAUGAAAAAUAAGAAUUACUUUAGAAAUCUGAAAUCAAGUUUAAAUUAAUUGAUUAAUCUGUUAAAUAGAAUCAAGUAUGUAAGUCGAUAGUUUUUGAUUCUUCUGGUUCAAUUAUGGUAUCAACCUAAAAUAAUGAUAUUAUAGUAUGGAGUUUAAUAAAUGGAACAAUCAAAUUAGUAAAAACAUUAUCAGGGCAUACUAGUUUGGUCUAAUGUUUAGUUGCUAGUAAAAAAUAGAAUUCAUUUAUUUCAUGCUCUUUAGACAAAACAAUAAGAUGCUGGCAAUCGUAGAACUAUGAAUGGAAUUCUUCUUAACCUUAUUAAAAACAUACAGAUUAUAUUAUGUGUAUCAUAUUGAGUUCAAAUGAGGAUUUACUAUUUUCUGGAAGUGAUGACAAAUCAAUUAAAGUUUGGAAGGUUGAUUUUAAUCAAAAUAAAUUAACAUUUCUUUAUUCUUUGGAUAAGCAUAAUAAUCGUAUUAUGUCUUUAAGUUUAAAUUAAUCAGAAAAUUAAUUAGUAUCAUGUGCAUCAAGUUAGAAUUAAAUAAUUAUUUGGGAAAGAAGAGAAAAAGAUAAAUAUGAAUUCAAAUAUUUUGUUAAGUAAUCGAUUAAAGACCAUGGGUUUAAAGUUAAGUUCAUCAAAGAGAAUUAAUUUAUUUGGAUAACUGGUGAAUAGGCACUAGACAGACUUUAUGUAUUUGAAUUAAUAUAAGGAGUCUAUUAAGAAAAUUAGGAUAAGACAGUUCAAUUAAUUACAAAUUAUAAAGACUGUGAUGAAUUUCAUUUUUCAAUUAUUUAUAAUAAGGAGAGGAAUUUAAUAGUAGUAAGACAUAAGAAAUAUAUAUAUAUCAUUAGAGAAAUUAAUGAUGGCAAUUACAAAAUUGAGGAUUAAUUGAAUUUUGAUACUUACUAUAUUUAUGGAAAUAUCACAAAUAAUGGAAAAUAUUUGGUGUGUUGGGAUGCAAAAAGGGAAGGAUAUUCAACAUAUGAAUUAUUAAAUAUAUGA